AUGGAGUUCCAUCCUGUCCCCAUCAUCAUCCUCAUCUCGCUCGCAGUUGUUGUUGCUGAUGCUACUGUGCCUUCUGACGUUUACUGGCAGAAGGUGUUGCCUAAUACUGCAAUGCCGAAAGCUCUCCGACAUCUUCUACCCGAAGAGGAUGAAGGUCUUGGGGAUGAAGCAGUGGACGUAGGUGUUGGCGGUGGUGGAGUAUCUGUGGGCACAGGACCCGACGGAUCCAAGUACCUAUGGUGGCGGCACCACCCACACCAUCCAUACCAUCCAUGGCACGAGCCAUUUAUAUACCGUUACGCUGCUUCUCAGGAUCAGCUCCGAGACGAUCCGAAUGUGGCUCUCUUCUUCCUAGAAAAAGACUUGCAUCCUAGCAAAAAACUGAACCUUCACUUCACUAAAACUACAUCCGGAGCCAAACUUCUACCCCGCCAUGUUGCUGAAACCAUACCCUUUUCGUCGAACGAGUUCUCAGACAUCCUGAACCGGUUUUCUGUUGAGCCUGGAUCGGCUGAAGCUUUGGAGAUGAAGAAGACCAUUGAAGAGUGUGAGGUGCCAGCUAUGGAGGGAGAGGACAAAUACUGUGCCACAUCGCUGGAGGCAAUGGUAGAUUAUAGCACUUCAAAGCUGGGAAAAAAUGUCAAAGUUAUGGCGACUGAGGUGGGUAAAGAGGAGAGUCCUCAGCAGGAAUUCACCAUCUCACCGGGACUUACAAAGAUGGUAGGGGACAAAAGAGUGGUAUGCCAUGGCCAGAACUAUCCAUAUGCUGUCUUCCACUGCCACGCUUCGCAUGCAACAAAAGCUUACCUGGUUCCAAUGGUGGGUGCCGAUGGGACCAAAGUCAAGGCUGUUGCUGCAUGCCACAUAGACCCAUCCAAAUGGAAUCCCAGGCACUUGGCUUUUCAAGUGCUCAAGGUUAAGCCAGGGACGGUUCCCAUAUGUCACUUCCUUCCGGAGGACCAUAUCGUUUGGACUUCCAAGUAGAAAUGCCCGACCCAAAACCACUGCUUCUUUGGGCUACCAGCUUUAGUUUUCUUAGUAUGAUAAGAUAACACAAAGCUCUAAGUGUACCUCCCCUAUGUAAGAUAUAUGACAGUCAGUCAUACCUAUAGCACUGGCUGGAGAUGUGGGUUAUUC